AUGCACAGGAGAAACAAAUCAAAUGUCGGAUUGCUUCUGCUGCUUUCUCAGAUCUAUCAAGUUGGAUUUACCAGAAUUCCACCUGUCACACUUGUGACUUUGGCAGUAAACAUUUUUCUCUUUUUACAACCCCUGAAAAGGCUCGAGCUAACAUGCAUUAGUGUUGAAAAAUGUCUUUAUAUGAAAGAUUGGCAUCGUUUGUAUCUAUCACCGUUUCAUCAUGCAGAUGACUGGCAUUUAUAUUUUAAUAUGGUCUCUCUGCUUUGGAAGGGAAUAAAGUUGGAAAAAAGGCUUGGAAGUACAUUGUUUGGAUAUAUAAUUGCAUUAUUUUCUGUGCUGGUUGGAGUCAUAUAUAUGGUUUUGGAAAUUGUGUUUGCAGAACUUCUAGAUGAUCCUAUGUACAAGCUAAGUUGUGCUGUAGGUUUUUCAGGAGUGCUAUUUGCUUUGAAAGUUCUUAACAACUUUUAUCACCCUGGAGGGACCAGCAACAUCAUGGGAAUGCACGUGUCAAACAAAUAUGCAUGUUGGUUGGAACUUCUAGCCAUUCAUUUAUUUAACCCAGGGAGCUCUUUUGCAGGACAUCUGGCAGGUAUUCUUGUUGGGCUGAUGUAUAUCAAAGGUCCUCUGAAGACAGUCCUGGAAGCAUGUGCAGGUAUUGCAAUUCCAAUCUCUACCUUUUCAGGACGAAGACACAGCUACAAUUCAGGUUUUAGUUACUCUGGUUAUCCGUCCAACGCACCAAGGGACUAUAAUAUGUACACUGAUGGACUGAGUGAAGAGGAACAGUUUGAAAGGGCAAUGAGAAACAGUCUGAAUGGUGGAGGUGGCGGUUCAAGAAAUUACAAUAAUGAAAGGAGACCCAAUGACUUCUGGUUUCCCCCAGGAGAGCUAUCAGCAGAAGAACUCCGAAGGCACAGGCUUACCAGAUACGAAAGGCAGUAA